CUCCACCCUCCCUCUCCACAUCCAAAAAUGGCGUCCACCGAGUCAUCCGGCCCCGUCAACGGCAACUAUGCGCCACAGGCAUAUGAAAACAGCUACUCUACCGGCGCCUCCAACUUCACACCCUCGCAGCAACCAACCGCCAGCCAGCCCGCACAACAAACAUCCGCCUCCGAGAUCCCCAAAGACGAGGUCGGCUGGUACUUUGUCGAGCAGUACUACACGACUCUUAGCAAGAGCCCCGAUCGACUCUACCUUUUCUACAACAAGCGCUCUCAGUACGUGUCGGGUGUCGAGGAGGACAAGGUCAACGUUUGCCUGGGCCAAAAGGCAAUCAAUGAGCGCAUCAAGGAGUUGGACUUCAAGGACACCAAGGUCCGCGUUACCAACGUCGACUCGCAGGGCUCUGACGCCAACAUUGUGAUCCAAGUCAUUGGUGAAAUUUCCAACCAGGGACAGCCCCACCGACGCUUCGUCCAGACGUUUGUUCUUGCUGAGCAGACCAACGGCUACUUUGUCCUCAAUGACAUCUUCCGCUACCUUGCCGAGGAGCCCAAGGAGGAGGAAGAGCCGCAAGAGCAAGCUACCCCCGCCAACGGUGUCACCGAGCCCGCCCCCACCGCUGCCGUGCCUGAGAAUGCCGAUCUCAACAAGAGCGACGAGAUUGCGACCACUGAGGAGGACUUGAACAAGGUCGACGACAAGUUGCACGGGGCUGCUAAGCAAGAUCCAGCUGUUGAGGAGGUUGCCCCCGCAGCGCCCGCAGCGCCCGCAGAAGAGGUACCAGAGCAGACUGAACAGCCUGAACCGGAAGCGGCACCCGCACCUGUCGAGGAGAAGGCUGUCGAGGAGCCCCCAGCCCCCGUUGAGGAGACACCCGAGCCCCCGAAGCCUGCUACGCCCGCUCCAUCCGCACAAAAGGUUGCUAUGCCCUCUGGACCCCCGAAGCCUAGCGCUCCCCGUACUUGGGCCAGCCUCGCAGCCUCCGCACACAAGGUUGCUACUCCUGUUGUAAACGCACCCGCCUCGCAGCAAACACCUUCUCAGCCCAAGGCUGCUGCCGCUGCCGCUGCUGCCCCCGCUCAAUCCGCCGCCGCUACUCCUAGCCAGCCCGCCGCACCAGCCCGUGAGCAAUCUCCUGCCACUAGCCAGGGUGAGGCUGCUGGCUGGCAAACGGCUACCGGACACAAGAAGGAGCAAUCUCGCGCGCAGAACGCAGGACCUGCCGCCGAUCCUGACCAGAAGCGCGCCUACAUCAAGAACGUGUACAGCCAAAUCGAGGAGGGUGCUCUGAGGGCCGCUCUGACCAAGUUUGGCGAAAUUGAGUACCUUGACAUCAGCCGUGGCAAGAACUGUGCCUUUGUCGACUUCAAGACGCCGGCUGGAUUCCAGGCUGCUGUCGCUGCCAACCCACACACUGUCAACGGCAUUGAGAUGAAGGUUGAAGAGCGUCGCCAAAACCCCGGACAGUUCAACCGUGGAGGAUUCCCUCGCGGUGGUGCUUCUCGCGGUCGUGGUGGCAUGGGCGGCCAGGCGCCUCGUGGCAACUUCCAGCCCCGUGGCCGCGGUUCGAUGCGCGGCCGUGGAGGUGCGCCCCAAGAAUCCUAAGGUGCGACGGUGUUGUCGGAUUCUCUCUUCAACCUUCUUCGUUCAUUCCUUGAUGAGCUCGUUCAACUCGAUGUCUUCACGACUGACGGCUUUAGCUGUGUACUGUACUCGACCCUUUUUCAGCGCUUGUAUAAAAGUCAUUUCAUUUCGAGGAAAAGUCUGGGCGUAUGCGUUCGUCCUUGGGGUUUUGAGCCCUUGCAUAGCGAGCGGUUUCAUUUCAGCAUGGUUUCCUUUGUCCUUUGACGUAUUCGACGAGGCCCUUCUGUCCGGUUAUAUUCCCUUUCUUGUUUGCGCGCGCAUUUCGAGUCACCUCACGUUUAGGGUGGACUACUUGAUGGUGGAGGCACGGGCGCUCGGGACGGUCAUGGCAUGUGGUGUAAUGGGGACUGGUGCAAGACGUACAGCAAUGGCAUGUUCCAGGGCACGAUGGGCCGAGGACGGGAAAAGCAAUGGCAAGACGGUCUAGUACGAAUACAAC